AUGUGGGGAUUUCGCUCAUCAAUAUUAGCGAGCAUUUUUCUCCUACUCUCAGUUGCCAUGAACUUUUCAGUAAGCCAUGUUUCAGCUUCUAAACAAUUUCAAAAUGAGACCGAUCGCCUUGCUCUGCUUGAAUUCAAGAAUCAGAUAUACGAUGAUCCGUUUGGAGUCCUGAAUUCCUGGAACCAUUCACAACACCAUUGUCACUGGGAAGGAGUCACAUGCAGUGCCCGACAUCAGAGGGUCAUAGCCUUGAUUCUAAGGCAUAAGCAGUUGUCUGGAACCAUAUCUCCUCAUGUCGGAAAUCUAAGCUUCAUGAGGUUCAUCCAACUUGCGGAGAAUCAAUUCCAUGGUGAGAUUCCCCAAGAAUUUGGUCGCCUCUUCAGGCUAAGAGCCUUGAACCUCUCAAGUAACGCAAUCAGUGGAAAAAUCCCAGCAAAAUUGAACUACUGCGCAGAGAUGAUAGCUGUUGACCUAACCAGUAACAAGCUAGAAGGGAAGAUUCCAAUUGAUCAGCUGAGCUAUUUGAAGAAGCUUGAAAAUUUUUAUCUUCACGCAAACAAUUUGACAGGAGAGAUUCCCUCCUCCAUUGGGAACUUAUCAUCGCUGACUACACUCAGUCUUGCCUUUAACAAUCUGGAGGGAAAUUUGCCCAUGGAAAUGGGGCUCUUAAAAAGGUUAUCUAUAUUUUCAGCUGCAGAAAAUAAACUAUCUGGUAUAAUCCCUGCCUCAAUCUUUAAUAGUUCAGCCAUUACUGUCAUUUCAGUGGCCGGCAAUUCCUUUCAUGGCAAUCUCCCAACCAACAUAGGUCUCACCCUACCAAAUCUGGAAGCAUUAGGUGUUGGGGGGAACAACUUCUAUGGAAACUUUCCAUCUUCAAUCACUAAUGCUUCUGGGCUUGAGAAACUUGAUCUUCCCUAUAAUAAGUUCGCAGGCCAAAUUCCAACUAAUUUAGGAGAUCUGACAAAUCUUCAAAAAUUAAAUCUUAAAGAAAAUCUCUUCGGCGGUAAUUCAACUGGAGACUUAGAUUUUAUUGCAUCAUUGACCAACUGCAGUGAUCUAAGCGUUUUUUCAUUGAGUACCAAUAAUUUUGGAGGUAAUAUACCUAAAGUCGUGGCCAAUCUCUCAAAUCAACUCACUGCAUUGUACUUGGGAGGAAACCAACUGUCAGGAACCAUUCCACAAGGAUUUGGAAACUUUGUCAACCUAAUUCAACUUGGCCUUGAAGAAAACUAUCUUUCAGUGGUCAUUCCAAGAGAUUUUGGCAAAUUACAAAAUUUGCAAUUUCUAAGUCUAGGCCAAAAUGACUUGUCAGGACAGAUAGUCUCUACUCUAUGCAACGCCACCGGUCUAUCUGAGCUGGAUUUGUCGACCAACCAGUUUGAAGGGGGCAAUAUAUUUGACAAUGUUCUUAUGAACUGUCAAAAUUUGCAAUAUCUGUAUAUAUCUCAAAACAACUUCACUGGAAUUAUAUCAUCACAUUUUCUGGAGACACAUUCAUCAUUGAUUUAUAUAGGAUUAAGUGAAAAUUUUUUUACUGGUUCUCUGCCUCCUGAAGUUGGAAAGCUUGUACAUUUGGUGAAUUUCACGGUUUCCCACAACCAACUUGCUGGAGAUAUACCCAUAUCACUUGCUGACUGUUCAAAUCUGGAGAAUCUUUUUAUGCAAUCCAAUUUCUUCCAUGGAACAAUUCCACCAAAUUUGGCUUCUUGGAAGAGCAUCCAGAAAUUAGACCUUUCAAGUAAUAACUUGACCGGUCCAAUACCCAGAGAACUUGAGAAGCUUCAAUAUUUGAGGUACUUAAACCUUUCGUACAACGACAUCGAGGGCGAGAUACCAAACACUGGAAUUUUCAGUAAUGCAAGUCAAAUAUCAUUGACCGGCAACAACAAACUCUGUGGAGGCAUUCCAGAAUUGGAGUUCCCACCUUGCCCAGUGAUUAAGGGGAAAAACAGAGGAAAGCUGAAGGUUAUCAUAUUACUGAGAAAGAAGAAUGGUGGCAGGAUUCUCUAG